AGUGAACAAGACAUGAAUUUAAAAACAAAUUAUAGAGGUUAGAAAAAUCCCACGUGGAGUAAUAAAGUAUCAUACAAUAAUGUUUUAAAUGUGUGGUAAGAAGUUUAAAUAAAAUAUUUAAAAUCAGUGAAAAAAAUUAUAAACAAUGAAAGAAAAAAUGACAAAGAAAUUAUCGAAUCGUACUGAUGGUAGAAAUGAUGAUCUUGUGGUUAAGAGAAAAGGCGGCGGAAGCAUUAUUGAUAAUCGUCCACUUUUUUCCAAUGACGGAGAAACACUGUAUGUAGUAUGGAAGCAAAUAAUCAGAGCAUACAGUACUCAGACGGGCGAUUUUGUUCGAGAAUUAGAGCCAGCAGAAAACAAAAUUACUGGUAUCGCAUCAACUGAAAAUAAUAACACGAUCAUUGGUUGUACUGAAACUGGUGUCCUAAUAAACUGGGACUCCCAUGGACUCAUCACCAAAAACUUGAAACUUAAAACUCACAAAAACGUAAAAAUAAAGAGCUUUCAUAUAGUUAAUUACACCAAUGUAAAGGGAAAUGAUACACAGCAAGCUCUGAUUACGUAUUAUGUGAAACCUAAUAAUGCGAUCCAGCUGGUUCUGUUUGAUUUAGAAAAUGGAAAUGAUAUAAAGUCUACUAGUAUUCGUGCCACUUCUGAAGAUUAUUCUGUAGAUAUAAUUGGAAAUUAUGGAAAUAAUUUGAUAGCAUUGGCCCAAGAUCUUGAUCUGCAUAUUUUACAACCAGAGAGAAAUUUAACUGGGAAAUUGCAUAAAAUAGGUUUUGGUGGUCGUAAAUUCACGUGUAUUGCUGGUCAUCCCGAGGAAGAUUGUGUUGCGACAGGUGAUUCUAGUGGAAGAGUUGCAGUAUGGAGAAAUUUAUUUGCUAAAAGAGCAACAUAUGGUUCUUAUCAUUGGCACACAUUACCAGUUACGGAUGUCGUUUUCAGUAGAUCUGGUGGUCAUAUGUACUCUGGAGGAAGUGAAUGCGUACUUGUAAAAUGGACUCUAUCCAACCCUCAUCUAAAAAAUUUUCUCCCUCGACUUCCUGCGCCAAUAAAACAUCUCACAAUAGCCCCGAACAAUCUGUACGUCGCUGUUUCUACUCUGGACAACGGAAUCAUUGUCGUUAAUCCUCAGAGAAAGCUUACGGCAGUAAUACAAAAUUUUACGUGGGGUGUUGGUGUAUCGCAAAAAGAUCUUUUUCCAGCUGGACUUACUCUGGAUCCUCGAACAGGAAGUUUGGUGCUCAACAGUCGAACUGGACAUGUUCAGUUUUUUGAUACUCAAACAAAAAGUUUACUAUAUAAUGUCAACAUCACAGCUCAAAAUUUUUUGACUCAAGAGCGUAGUGCGAUAAUUGUUAACACAGAAGUUACAAAAAUAGCAUUAAAUUAUGACGGGUCAUGGAUGGCGACUAUUGAGGAACGUGAUGAUAAAAUAUCUUGUCCGGAAGUAAGAUUAAAAUUCUGGAAAUUUGACACCGAAAAGCAAGUAUUUGCAUUGAAUACUUCCAUUGAACUUCCCCAUGAAUACGGGGUAAAUGCGCUUAAAUUUCAACCAAGAAAAUCAUUAGUCGAAGAAGAUGUUUUAGCAGUAACUACUGGCGAAGACAAUAAAUUCAAAUUAUGGAAUUUAUCACAACCGUCAUCUAUUUACCAGAAAAGUAGACACUGGCAAUGUUAUGGAGUCGGUACAUAUCGAGGAUUACCAGCAUCUGAUGCUGGAUUUUCCCAAGAUGGUUCUCUUCUUGGUGUUGGUUUUGCUUCCAGUCUCACAAUCUGGACUCCUGACUCGAAUAAUUUAAAAUGCAGUCUAACAAAUAAUCGUUACCCUCAAGAAUUAAAGCGUAUAGAGUUCGGAAAAUUUGAAGCCUGUCAUCUAGUAAUCGCCGCCUCAUGUGAACACAUAGCAGUUUGGAAUCUUCUAACUCUCAGUAUCAUCUGGAGUGUUCCCUUGAAGCUUAAAACCCUCGCCGCAGAUUCACAGUCAGCUUUCAUGGCAACAUUUACCGAAGACAAUACUCUCUAUGUAUUUACUCCGCUCAAUUCGACUCCCGUGUACACGAGGAAAAAUAUUUUAGAAGAAAACAAUUCAGUAUUGGCCGCAAGUUUUGUUCCCCAUCCUUGCGAAAAACAACUCCCUAGUUAUCAAAAGUGGCAACGAAAAUCUCAAUUAUUCUUUUUGGACUCCAAUCAAGAACUUUUGACUCUCGAGUCGGAGUCUGAAGCAUCGAUUUCUCUGGAAAACUUGAUAGGAAAUGGGUUACCUGCAACAGCCUUUAGCAGUAUGGUGGCUGAACAGACGACCAGUAAUGUCGAACGUGAAUCAUCUUUCUUUCACGAUCAAUUUAAUACUUCGAAAAAAAGUAUUGCUGAAGAGCUGCUGUCAAUCUCACCGCACACGUUGCCUUCUAAGAAGAUACUGUAUGGACCUUUUGUCUUGUCAUUCAAAGCUCAUAUCGCACAGAAAGUCAAAGUUCAAGAGGAAAAACCUUCAGGGGAAGACAUUGAAACGGUUAAUGAUGAAAGUACUGCUGAGGAAAGUGAUGAUGAAGAUAAAAGUAUAUCAAAAUCCGAAGAUUCCUCGCCAAAAGAUAUUAAAUUAAUUAACCAGCAUAAUAUCACAAAUGAUAAUAAUGACUACGAUGAUGAGGAAUUCGAAAAUAAUCCAAAUCUUGUCAGUUAUGACUGGACAUGUGUGGCUGAUAUUUAUUCAAAUGAAACAUUGUGAUCUCACAGAUGAUUAUUUCACACGAAUUAAAUUUAACUGAGCAAUUUACGUAAUUUAUAAAAAAUUUUAAAUGAUAUGUUAGUACAUAACAUUUAAUUUUAUUUUACAUACAAAUGCCUAUGAAUUAAUUUUUGUAUUAAAAUUGUGUAUAGAUUAAAUAUAUUAUUUUUUUUUUU